AUGAAGUUCGCAGUCCCUGCCCUAGCCUUUGUGGCUGUAGCUUCCGCCCUCCCCCAAACAACAUCCACACCCCCUCCAUCUUUCGAGAUCACAAACGUGGUGUCCGGCGGCACCGGCUGCCCUCAAGGAAGCAUCGACGUGAACUGGACCGACAACAAGAUCCUACCUAUCUACUUUGGCAAAGAGUUCAUCGCCGCCGUCGGCCCCAAAGCAGAAAUCACCGAUAGCCGCAAAUUCUGCCAACUGAACCUGCAGCUGGAGUACAGCGCGGGCUACAGCUUCGCAGUGUACAGUGCCGAUUACUCUGGUUUUGCGUAUCUUGACAACGGAGUUACGGGUACGGUGAAGAGUACCUAUUACUUCUCUGGAUCGAUGCUCCAGACGUCGAGUGCAUUGGUUCUGAGUGGGCCGACGAAGGCGAAGUUCAAUAAACAAGACGACAUCGCUGUUUCGGUUUGGUCGCCCUGCAGCGGCGACGCACUCUUCAACGUCGAUGCAAGCGUAGCGCUCACACCGCUCGCGAGCCCAGCGAGUGGCGUUCUCGGAAUCACAAAGGAGAGCGGGAAGUUGCGUUCGAAUCUUUAUAUCCAGUGGAAGAAGUGUUAA